AUGCCUUCGGGUACAGAGGCAUUUGGUCUCACAGCUUUGGAGGCAUUGUCAGCAGGUGUACCAAUCCUUAUUACCCAUAAUUCUGGCUUGGCAGAGGCUCUGGAGGAAGUACUUUUUGGGCACGGAUGCAUAGUACAUAAAGAAGCUGACUGGGCUGAAAAAAUCAAACAAGCACGAAAAAAUCUGAAAACUAGAUUAGAAGAGGCAAGCAUGCUACGCAACAAGUAUAAAGAGAAAUACUGUUGGCAGAACCAAUGUACUGCUUUUGUGACAAAGCUUAGGGCCUUGCAUUCAGGUGUUGUUAACUUUAUAUGCAUUUAACUGAAGUAAAAUAAUUAAAUAAGUACCUAGUAGCUAGUUGGCACAAAUCUGUUUAUCAUUUUGAAAUUGGAACCUUGAUUAGAAUUAAUAUAAGAGUGAAAUAAUAAAAAAGGUAGACAUAAAUUAAGGGCUAUUUUGAUGGUAUCCAUGCAAUUCAGAUCAUUGCUGAUUUCAGUACAAUAUGUAUGUUUUAUAGUGCAAAGAUGUUUUGAUUUUCAUGUGCUCAAAGCCACCAAAUCUUAAAAUGGACACAGAAAUUACACCAGAUCACAAGCUUGCUACAAAAAUAUGCAACAAGUACUAAACAGUUACUUACAAAGCCUAACACUGUAACAAGUUUUACCUCCUUAGUUCCAUUGUAAUGAUCUGAGUUGAAGUACAGCUGCACCAAUAUGUGUUACUCAAGACAUGUGGGGCUUAGAUGAAUGACAGUCACACUAAUAUUUUGAUUAGUUGUCUUUGUGUAAUUUGUGCUAUUUGUUUAUCGACAUCUAACAGGACAUGCUGAGGAAAUGCAACAGGAGUCCCAAGGCAAAAGGCAUUCAGCUCAAAAGCCAAUGGCUGGUAAUUACUUGCUUGUCUAUUUUUAAACAUGCCCUAGUGUUAUCAACAAAUUGCAUCCUUUUAAUAUUGAGCAAGUACAAAACAAUUUAACGAAAUCAAUAUACAAAUGUUUUUGGACUUUCUUUGAAUAUCAAAGAACACAAUUCCUGGACAAUGUAAUGUCAUAGUCAUGACAAUUUUCAAUGUGAAUACCCUAAUAGGGGUAUUUACAUUUUCUGACAGACCCUGCUGAGGAUCCAGACCUGUUUGAAUCAAAUGCAGAUUCUUCUUACAUAUCAGGAAAGCAAAGAAAUAGUGACUUAGUUUUAAGAUGAAGGAACUGUGUUAUUUUACAUUUGUUGGAGAUCUGUGGAUUUUUUCUUGUUAAUUGUCCAUCAGAUUUCUUUUAGAUCAGUUCCAGGGAAAUGUUUAUCUUAUUUAAGACACUGUUGUUACAAGGUGAUCAACAAACUAAGUUGUUACUUAAAAUUUUAAGGGGCAAAAUCCAUAUGAUUACCUGAUAAAUUCACCUGUGAGAACAUUACCCCAUUACUCCACAGGGAUCACAUGGGGUAUUGACUAAGCAAGGCUUUAAGUUGCCACUGUUUUGGUUGCCAUGGCAAUUAGCCAAUUUGGCCAUUGAUUAUCUUGUGUUUGCUGGUCAUGCAUGGCAUGACAUUAGCCAGCUGUAACAUUCUUUAAUGAGAUAUGAACAAUUUUACAUAGUACAAUUCCUAUUGAAGUACUAGGUUUACAAUUGUCACAUAGUACUAUUAUCUCAGACAUUAAGUGGUAUGGUCAACAGUCUAGUUUAUUAGUUGCCUUUGUGUAAUUUUUGCCAUUCAUUAAUUGACAUCUAACAGAAUGUGCUGAGCAAGUUGAACAGGAGUCCCAAGGAAAAAGGCAUUCAGCUCAACAGCAAGUGGCUGGUAUUACAACUCACUUGUCUAUUUUUUAAACAUGCCCUGGUGUUGUCAACAAACUGCAUCCUUUUUAUAUUGAGCUGGAAGUAAAUAUUUUAAUGAAAUAAGUCUACCAAUAUUUUAUUUGAACUUUUUUGAAUAUCAAGGAACACAAUUCCUGGAAAUUAUAAUGUCAUAGUUAUGAAAUUUACCAUGUGAAUACCUUUUAAUAGGAGUAUCUCCAUUUCCUGACAGACCCUGCUAAGGAUCCAGACCAGUCUGCAUCAAAGAAAGAUUUUUCUUCCGUAUCUGGAAAGCAACUAAAAGGUGACUUCCCUAUAAAAUGAAGGAACAGUGUAACUUUAUGUUUGUUGGAAAUCUGUGGAUUUUUUGUGUUAAUUGUCACCCAGAUUGCCUUUAAGUGUUUAUCUCACUUUAGACACUUUUUUGUUACAAGGUGAUCAGUAAACUAAUAUAUUACUUAUUUUAAAGGGCAAAAUCCAUAUGAUGAUGAUUUAAAUUCACCCGUGAGAAUUUUACUCCACAGGAAUCAUUUGUGGUUUUGACUAAAGGCUUCUUUCAGUUGCAACUGUUUUUUGGUUGUUAUGGCAAUUGGCCAAUUCGGCCAUCAAUUUUCUUGUGUUUGCUGGUCGUGCAUGGCAUGACACUAGGCAGCUGUAACAUUCUUUAACAGAGAGAUAAACAAUUUUGCAUUAUACAAUCCUUAUUGAAGUACUAGGUUUACAACUGCCACAUAGUACUAUUAUCUCCAAGACAUUAAGUGGUAUAGUCAGCCAUUUGGUUGAUUAGCUGUCUUUGUAUGAUUUUUGACCAGUUGAUGAUUUCAUCGUCUGCUUCGUUGUCCUGGCCUUCAGGUAUGCCGUCCAUCUUAUCAGCACAAAGGGCUGAUAAGAUGGACAGUUAUAUCCCCAACAAACUGUCACAACACAAAUUAAAUCUGAUCAGUUCAAUUCAACAUAAUAUAUAUAUGGAAGGCUUGUUCCCAGGACCACCAGACUACAAAUCCUGUGUCCUAACCACUUGUCCAUCCUGUUUCCACAAUAUCUGAUGGAAAAUCUCUGGCAUGACCAAAAAAGCCUUUUCUCUACUUACCCCCCCCCCCCUAAAAAAAAUUCACUUGCAGUGAAUGAUUUUAAAAUUGUUACUGAGUCACAGUAUGUAACAAGUGAGCUGGUAAUCUUAAAAUAAUUAACUCUCUGUUUGUGUUUAUAUUCAAGAGGGAGUAGUAACUGAUGAUGACCUUCAAACACUUGGCAAAGCUAUUGCUGGAAAGUGGGAUCGACUGGCACGUCGACUACCUAAAAUUGAGGAAGAUGACAUAGAGGAAAUUGAAGACAGCCACAGGACUUUGUCUCAAAGGGGAUUUCAUAUGCUGAAACUGUGGAAAACAAACAAUGGGGAAGCUGCAGACUAUAAGACUUUACAUGAUGCAUUAGUCCACAGUAUGGUACAGCGGAAAGACUUAGCAGAAAAAGUAUUGUUUUGA